AUGAAGCAGUUCACUCUUGAAGGGAAGAACAUAGGGCGUUUCACCACGGAAAGAAUGUUUGCGUUCUCGCCAGCGUUUUAUAAUAUCACUGACUUCCGAACUGAAGCAGUCACAACAACACUCAGCAGGAAGUUAUUGGUCUGUACUUUCGAGAAAGAUUUGGCCGGUGGUUUUCUCAAAUCUGCAAAAAGCCUGCAGAAGUCCAUUGUUGUAAAAUAUGGGUUGGCAAAGACAGUAAUAACGACAUUGACGAGGAAGUCGAUGUCUACAAAAGAUUCAUUGCUACUGCACAUUCAUCAAGUGGAUGAAAGAGAUAAGGACAAAAAUUACGAAGAUGAUGAAAAUGAGGAAGAUGACGACAAUGAAAUGGCUAAAAAUGGUGAUGGGGCGUAA